AUGCACGUCAAUACACUAUCUGUCCUUUCUUUAGUGGGCCUGGUGCCUCUCGCCGCAGCGCGGCUCUCAGGGUCUGUUGGCCCUUUGACCUCAGCGUCAGCUAAAGCUGCCACAAAAACGUGCAAUGUUCUCGACUACGGCGCAGCAGCAGACAAGACCACCGACCUGGGUGCUCCGCUGGCGUCCGCCUUUGCCGACUGCAAGACCGGCGGACUGGUCUACGUCCCGCCAGGCGACUACGCGCUGGAGUCAUGGGCACAACUGAGUGGAGGUAAGGCCUGGGCGCUCCAGAUCGAUGGGACCAUCUACCGUACGGGUACCGACGGGGGCAACAUGAUCUUUAUCGAGCAUUCGAGCGACUUCGAGCUGUUCAGCAGCACGUCGUCUGGCGCGAUGCAAGGUCUGGGAUACGAGUUCCAUAAGGAUGACAACUGGAGCGGACCGCGCUUGCUCCGGUUGUACGAUGUUUCGGACUUUGCGCUGCAUGAUUUUAUCCUUGUGGAUUCGCCGUCGUUCCAUCUGUCGCUGGAUACGUGCUCCAAUGGCGAAGUGUAUAACAUGGCGAUCCGGGGCGGUAACCAUGGUGCGUUGGAUGGAGUGGAUGUUUGGAGUACGAAUAUCUGGAUUCACGACGUGGAAGUGACCAACAAGGAUGAGUGUGUCACAGUCAAGAGCCCAGCUCAGAACAUCCUCGUGGAGAACAUCUACUGCAACUGGAGCGGCGGAUGCGGCAUGGGCUCGCUCGGCGCCGACACCAACAUCAGCGACAUCACCUACCGGAACGUCUACACGUGGAACUCGAACCAGAUGAUGCUCAUCAAGAGCAACGGAGGCAGUGGGACCGUCUCCAACGUCGUUCUCGAGAACUUCAUCGGCCACGGCAACGCCUACUCCCUCGACAUCGAUAGUGCAUGGAGCAGCAUGAGCACACAGUCCGGCGACGGGGUCGAGUUCAGCAACUUCACCAUCCGUAACUGGAAGGGUACGGAGGCGAACGGGGCGGAGCGAGGACCGGUCAAGAUCAUCUGUCCGAACGGUGCUCCGUGCUACGAGAUGUAUAUCGAAGACUUUGCUAUGUGGACCGAAGAAGGCGACGAACAAUGGUACACAUGCCAGAGUGCGUUUGGAUCCGGAUUUUGUCUGCAGUCUGGAUCCGAUUACUCUUCAUACGAGGCGACCACAUCCACGGCCACCAGCGCUCCGUCGGGGUACUCUGCGCCGACGAUGGCGUCUGAUCUGACCAGGGAUUUCGGUAGCACGGUCUCGAUUCCCAUUCCCACAAUUCCCACGUCGUUCUACCCGGGCGCAACGCCGUAUAGCGCUCUGAUGGGAGCUCAGUCGUCGGCCAGUGCAAAUGUGCGCGCAGUCGCGUUUGGCACUAGCGCCGUGGUAUCCAGGGCGGGUAGUUCAUCCCGUCCAGCUCAGACGGGCUCAUUCUUGACCAAGUCGACUACUGCGGCGGCCGGUAGCAUAAUGGGUCCGACCGCUGCCGCAGUGCAAGGGGUAUGUGCACCCCCGGCGGGCCAGGGUCGCGGCGCAGCCAGAUAUGGAGGCCAUCGGCGACAUGGUCAUCGCCAUUGA